GCUGACGGGCCCCCGGAGCGGCGAGGGCGCGGAGAGAGAACCUCCCCGGCCAGGUGGAGCGUCAUGAGCCGCGGGCCGCCGCCGCCGCUGCCGCUCUCCGCGGUGCUGAUGCCGCCAGGUGCGCUUCGUUCCGCCGGUUGCUAGCGCGGCCGGGGCCCGCUGCUAUCCGCGGUGCUGACCUCGCUGCGCUCGGCCACCGCUUGUCUGGAAGAAGCGUGCGGUUUGGAUUUUUAAAAAGCCAUUCUUUAUUUAGAUUCCAACAUCCUUGCGUUUCUUCUGUGCCAAGGGGGCCCUCGGGCCGUCCGUCUCCCCCUUUGCUCUCCCCAACUUGGCGCGCCCUCCCUCCCAUUCCUCCCUGACACUCCCACCACCCCCCCUCGGCUCGGCGGCUCGGCGCGAUGCUGCAGAAGACGCACUGAGCCCUUUUGGAUCUAAUGCGCAGAGGAGGUUGGCCCAGAGCUCCCCGGCUCCCCCAAGGCUGAACUCCGUCCAAGGUGCCCGCAGGCUCCCUGCCCGCCUUCCCCAUGCCAGCCCGCAGCUAGGGGCAGGGGCAGCGGCGGCUGGGGUUGGGGGUGGGUGGGGAGCUUUUGAGGAGGACAGGUCGCAGCUUGGCUAUGGAAGGCUCCAAUGGCUUUGGGAUCGACUCCAUUCUCUCCCACCGCGCCGGCAGCCCCGCCCUUCCCAAGGGGGACCCCUUGCUCGGGGAUUGCCGUUCGCCCCUGGAGCUGAGUCCACGCUCAGAGAGCAGCAGCGACUGCUCUUCGCCAGCCUCUCCAGGAAGGGACUGUCUGGAGACGGGCACCCCACGGCCUGGCGGGGCAUCCGGCCCAGGUUUGGACUCCCACCUGCAGCCCGGGCAGCUCUCAGCCCCGGCACAGUCGCGCACCGUCACCUCCUCCUUUCUGAUCAGGGACAUCCUUGCCGACUGCAAACCACUAGCGGCCUGUGCACCCUACUCUAGCAGCGGGCAGCCGGCAGCCCCUGAGCCUGGGGGCCGCCUUGCGGCCAAGACUGGGGAGGACUUUAGAGACAAGCUGGACAAAAGUGGCAGCAACGCCUCGUCGGACUCAGAGUAUAAAGUGAAGGAGGAGGGCGACCGCGAGAUCUCCAGCUCCAGGGACAGUCCCCCGGUGCGCCUGAAAAAGCCACGCAAGGCGCGCACGGCCUUCACCGACCAUCAGCUGGCGCAGCUGGAGCGCAGCUUCGAGCGGCAGAAGUACCUGAGCGUGCAGGACCGCAUGGAGCUCGCGGCCUCGCUCAACCUCACUGACACGCAGGUCAAGACCUGGUACCAGAACCGCAGGACUAAAUGGAAGCGACAGACGGCCGUCGGGUUGGAGCUGCUGGCGGAGGCAGGCAAUUACUCAGCUCUCCAGCGGAUGUUCCCGUCGCCUUAUUUCUACCCGCAGAGUCUGGUUUCCAACCUGGACCCCGGCGCGGCGCUCUAUCUGUACCGCGGCCCCAGCGCGCCUCCGCCCGCUCUCCAGAGACCUCUGGUGCCCCGCAUCCUCAUCCACGGACUCCAGGGCGCCAGCGAGCCGCCCCCGCCGCUGCCCCCGCUCGCCGGCGUCCUCCCGCGCGCUGCGCAGCCUCGAUGAGGCGCCCGCCCGCUCCGGGGCCUCCUCCCGGGGUCUUGGCGCGACCCCUUCUGCCCGCCUUUCGGAGGGCGCGGGUUCGACGCCCCUUCCUGGGAGGGGACCCUGCCCGGCCCUCCCUGGCGCCCCAGCCCAGUGUCCCCUGAAGGGCCAAAUGCCAAGUCCACUGAGGCCCGGACCCCGGACAGCGUUUCCCCAGCCCCCUCGGCGUCCUCUUUCGCGGCCGCUCCGUCCGGGAGCCACCCCCACCCGCCGAGUGUACCUACGUGUCUCUGCCCCUCUCCGCCCCCAGUCUCUGCCGGCUCCCCUAGGCGCCCCUUUCUGCCCAGGAGCAGGUGCGACUGAUUCCCAGGCUUCGCUCUCUCCCACGCCCCUUCCAAGCUCCAGGAGAACAGCCCCUCUCCCCGCGCCCCUGCCAGGGAGAGAAGGAGAGUGCGGAGCCCCGUCCCGUCUCCCUGGCCCUCGAGCGCCUGGGCCGGCGGCUGAGCUGUACAUACCGUGUGCAAAGUGUAUAUGAAGUUAUUUAUUCGUGACCCAUGAGCCCGUGACCGUGUCCGUGGAUUAGUGAGUCUGUGGCCUGUGCCCUCCCCCCUCCCAGGCGGGGCAGGAAGGGGCCGAGGGUGCUUGCCCACCCACCCACCCCGACCCCAGCCCCCAGCCUCAGCCCGGGUCCCGGGGCAGCCAGGCCUCUCGGGUUCUCUCUUUUUUAAAUGUGGAAAUAAACUUCUUACAAAUGA